UUUUCUUCUCUACUUCCACUUUGGUUCAUUUCCUCAAUUUCCGUAUCACCAAAAGUGUUUCAGGGACGUGCAUAACACCCUUAAGGAUUGGAGAGUUCGAGUCCCGCGUCUUUCCUCUUAAUUCCGUUUCGCCUAUCGAGCUUAACAUACGGAUACGGAUAUACAGCCAUGUCCACUGAGAAAAACACCUCCAAUUUGGAGGCGGGCGAAACUGCGGUUGCACGGUCCGAGGCCGACAGUAAUCCCCAGGAUGCCAGCCUUACGAGUUACACCCCCGAGCAAGAGGCUCGCGUGGUGAGCAAGCUGGACUGGAACCUAAUGACCCUAUUCUUUGUUCUAUACAUGUUGGCGUACCUUGAUCGCGGUAACAUUGGAAACGCCAAAAUUGCUGGUAUGGACAAAGACCUUAACCUGGUCGGCAACAAAUACCAGUGGCUCAUUAACAUCUUCUACAUUACUUACAUCAUCUUUGAAUUUGGUGUGCUACUAUGGAAGAUCAUCCCUCCUCACAUUAUGGGCGCUGUUGUUGUGUUCGGCUGGGGCUUGAUCGCUAUGGUCCAAGCCGGCACCCACAACUGGGGUGGUAUGAUGGCUCUAAGAUUCCUUCUUGGUGCCUUCGAAGCUUGCUAUGGACCCGGUAUUAUUUACCUCCUGUCAUUCUUCUAUCUUCGACAUGAGAUCGGUUUCCGCUGCGGUAUCUUCGCGUCCGCCGCUCCGUUGGCUUCGACCUUCGCGGGUGCUCUAGCCUAUGGUAUCACUAGCGGUCACUCACAUUUGGCCAACUGGCGCCUUCUUUUCCUCGUCGAGGGAAUCCCUACCGUCCUCAUGUCCGUCAUUGCCUUCUUUUUCAUCCCCGACUCCGCCGAGAAGGCUAGGUUCUUGACGUACGAGGAGAAGGAGAUUGUCCGUUCUCGAGCGAUGCGUCAGGUCGGUACCAACGCCGCUGCGAGAAUUGGGGGAAUCAAACUCAAGGAUGCAAUCGCUAUUUUCAUCGAUCCCGUGGCAUGGCUAUGUGGGCUUCUGUAUUUCUGUGGCAACGUUACUUACUCUAGUUUGCCCGUUUUCCUCCCUACUAUCCUCGAGGAUAUGGGAUACACCGCCAUCGACGCUCAAGGCUUAUCCGCCCCUCCGUCUUUUGCGGCUUUCCUGUUCGCCCUGAUCACUACCUGGAUCGCGGAUAAGACUCAACAGCGAUGCUUCGUUAUUUUCGUUACCUCAGUCGUGGGAGGAGUCGGUUACAUCAUCCUUGCCACUGUUGACACGGUCGGUGUUCGUUACUUCGCGACAUUCUUAGCUUCCGCGGGAGUCUUCUCCACCAUCCCGAACAUCCUCGGUUUGACAUUGAACAACCAGGGCAGUGACACCCGUCGGGGUAUGGGUAUCGUUCUCAUCAACCUCAUCGGUCAAUGCGGACCCUUCCUUGGAACGAACGUCUUCCCCACCAAAUCAGCACCCCGCUACGUCGAAGGAAUGAUCGUAUGCUCUGCCUUCAUGUUUUUUGCCGCCGUCCUCGCAAUUGUCCAGCGUCUACUCCUUAUGUGGUUAAACUCCCGACUUGACCGCAAGUACGGAAAAGACUUAGAGACGAAGGAUGUGGUUGCUCAGGAAAACUUCAGCCCCACUUUCAGAUACGUACUUUAAAGCAUUGCAAUAUGAUGGCAAGAGGUUGAAAAGGCAGGAU